CUCCGAUCAUGGCUCCUCUCUCGUCAUCCAAGCAUCGCUCGUCGCCAGGAAAGUCCACUCGAACCCAGCCUAGAGUGACCCUGAAACCGCCCCGGAGCUCGGACACCACCGCCAAUGAAGGCCCGCCGCUCAAGAAGCGCAAGUACGUCCCUGGCGGUCCCGGCGGCGGAGGGAGAUACAUCGAGCUCGACGUGAAGGAACCCCCCAAACCCAAGUCCAGUCCCACCAUCAAGCGUACUUCCUCCAGCUCCCGCAACCGCAACUUCCCAAUCUCCGCCCCAGUACCUCAACAACCUGAACCUCAACCGCAACCUCAACCCGUCCAAUUGCCUCCUCCGCCACCGCCCCCUGUCCCGACGACACCACCCUCCGCGCGUCUGCGACGAGAAAAGAGCCAGAACCGUGGUCGGUUCGGCUCAUCGACCGCCGCCGCCCUGGCUCUGCAACAGGGAGAUGGCUACAAACCGCGAGAGGAGCGAGGCUGGGAGGAGUUCCAUCCGGACCUGGAUAUUGAUGCGAAAUUCGCGGUCUUCGGCGCCGACGAAGUAGAUCGUCCCCCGCCGUCUGCGUCGAUAGCCCAGAUCUUGUCGUCGCCGAACGGUCUCGAGGUGUCGAAUGACAAGGACCCUAUUGCCGAGCUGAUCCGCGCGCACGCCAAUGGCGCAUCCCCGACCCCAGUCAAGCGUCGCCCUGGCCGUCCGCCCCGUCGCCCCGAAGCUAUUCUGAAUGCCCUGGGUUUCAAUCAGCAGCACAAGCCCAUCCCGCCUCCCGGUCCGAACCCCCGUGAGAGGCUCACCCUGCCGAAGCCCUCGUUCCGCAUCCGCGAUCCGUUCACCUUCUACGAUCAGCCCGGUGUGGGUCAGCAGAAUUAUGUCGAUCGCACCAUGGCUAGUGUGGGGUAUCAGGAAAGCGAUCUGUUCCUCCGCCAUGACCGGCGGUUGAUUCGUCUGACGGAGGGUGGGCAGGAAGAUGAUCUGGAUGUCAACCCGGUGACUUCGGAAGGGGAGGUCAAUGCUUCCGUUGGGAGAGUGGAGUACGACAUGGAUGAGCAGGAUGAGAAAUGGCUGGAGGACUACAACGCGAAGCGAAGAGAAGACCAGCUGGAGCCGAUCAAGCCGGCUGUCUUCGAAAUUACCAUGACCAAAAUUGAAAAGGAGUGGCACGUUCUCGAGAAACGUAUCCCAAAACCCAACCCCAAGCCCCCGCAGACCCAACGCCCGCGUUCCAGCUCUGCAGCGGCCGUGAAUGGCGAAACGGCGCCGGGAGAAGAACAGGACAGCAAGUGUGCUAUCUGCGACGAUGGCGACUGUGAAAACUCCAAUGCGAUUGUCUUUUGCGACGGUUGCGAUUUGGCAGUCCAUCAGGAAUGUUAUGGCGUUCCGUUCAUCCCCGAGGGACAGUGGCUCUGUCGCAAGUGUCAACUGAUUGGGAGAGGGUCUGUCAAAUGCAUCUUCUGCCCCAACACGGAGGGUGCCUUCAAGCAGACUACGUCUUCCAAGUGGUCUCAUCUGCUGUGUGCCAUCUGGAUCCCCGAGGUGUCCAUUGGCAAUCCGUCCUUGAUGGAGCCGAUUACCGACGUCGAGAAAGUGCCUCGCAGUCGGUGGAAGCUCAAUUGUUACAUUUGCCGUCAGAGGAUGGGAGCUUCGAUCCAGUGCAGCAACAAGAAUUGCUUCGUCGCGUUCCAUGUGACGUGCGCACGGAGGGCUCAGCUUUACCUGAAGAUGAAGUCGGGUCAUGGGACCCCGGCUGUCAUGGAUUCUCACCUUCUCAAGGCUUUUUGCGACAAGCACGUCCCACCUGAAUGGCGCAGAGAGCAUGGUACCGAUGCUGCCACCGCGGAGGCGGUUGAGUAUUAUCGCAAUACAAUGCAGGGUCGCCGAUGGGGAGACAGUCAAGCGGCAGCUCUCUCGUUGGAGCCUCCACACCCGCUCGGCUGCGAUCACGACGACGAUGGGCACCGUACACAUACCCCGCGCAUCACGCUCACCGUGGGCGGUAACAAGCGCAAGCGACCCACCAUUCCCAAGACGAUCUGGAAGCUCCCGUCCGGGGCGCCUGUGAUCCCGCAGGUCGUGCUGAACUCCGUUGUGGCUUCGCUCCAGCGCUUUGGUGUUCGGCAGAGGAAGCAAUUUAGCGAAGAUGCCUGCAGAUACUGGACCCUCAAACGCGAGGCGAGACGAGGAGCCGCGCUAUUGAAGCGACUGCAGCUUCAGCUGGAAACGUUCUCGUCCAUGGAGAUGACAAGAAGGGACUAUGUUGCGAUGGGAGUUACAGGCAGCAAACGUCUACAGCGGCGUAUUGAGUUCGGAGAGCGGCUGUACUACGAUUUGGAUCGGCUGCGGAUGCUGUGCGACGAAGUCAAGAAGCGCGAGAGGGAGAAGUUGAAGGACGUGGAGACACUUCGGACUGUUGUGGACACCGUCUACUUUCCUAUCUUUCCGCUACUCUGGCCCAUCUUUGAGAAAGCUCAAAUGCUUGACAGUAAGGGUGUCUUCAAACCAGGGCUGUUCUCCAUCCGCGAGAAGCUCCAGGAGCGCUAUUACUCAUCGAUCGCCGCAUUCUCCGCCGACCUGGCUCACAUUUUCACGACUGAGAUCGGCGUGCAACCAGCUGGCGACACCGCCGAACUGCAGAUGCAAAUCAGCGGUCGCGCUCCGGAACUGAGCCUGGAACAACGGGAGAAGAGAAAGCUGGCGAAACGAAUCAUCAAAGCCAUCCAACCUGCGCUGGAGGAUGCGAUCCGGAAGGAAAGCGAGCUGAAUCGCAAGCCCUUCGAGCAGGAACUCAAAGACCUGGAUCUCAUGCUGGAGAAUAGCGUUUUGUCCAGAAGAGGGUCCGAGGUCGGUUCCGCGGAGCAAGGUGGCGAUGAAAAAGUGGAUCCGUCUGAGCUCCCGAAUGGGACCGCCCAGAAGGUCGAGGAGGCAGAUGUUGCGGCCAAAUCAGAACCGGAGGAUAGUGCAAGCAUUGGCAACCUGCCUAACAAAAUGGAUACGAGUGAGGAUGUUACAGCUGAAACCGACCAUGCUGAGAAGUCUACAGAGCCCCGGGUACAGGCCUCGGACGCGGAAGCUGCUCCAGCUGCUGCGCAGGAGACGGAGCCGCAAGGCGCCGAGGUCGCAUCUACUGCUAUACAGCCUAUUGUUGAACAUGAACCAGCUGCCGAUGGAGAGAAUGGGCGGGUAGAGGACAACGCGCAACCCGGGGAUGCUCAGAAAGGGCCACUGACCCCGCCACCCAGCUUCAAGGGCGACCAGCAAUAUCCUUUGGCGCAAGGAGGGAUCCAGUGGUACAUGCAACCGUUCGACCCCAUCGGGACGACGGUCCACGAAGAGCGAUGGACCGGGCGCGAUGUGAUGCGGGGAAUGAGCGAGGAGCUGAGCGAACUGGACGAAGAGGAAUUAAAAGACCUGGUGGAAGAGGACGAGCUGGAAGGGCAGACGGCGAACGCUUCGAGUGACGCUGCCAACGGUGGCGACGGCCCGUCCCAACCGAGUGUGAAGGUGCAUCGGACCCGAAGACGCUGGCGCGGAUUCAAAUGAUCAGGCUCAGGCUAUGGAGAUAUGAUUGAUUCUAAGCGGUGCUUCCUCGUUCUUUUUUUUUUUUUUUCUUUAGAACUUUUC